UCAUUUCCUCGGUCUGGGCUGAGAGGAGCCCACACGGUGCCCUGACACAGUUUGCAUCGCAGUGGCACAGGGUGCAGGCGGAGGAGCUGCGGCUGGAUGUUAAAGGGGCGCGGGGAAAUACUGCAAUAAUCCCUCAAUGUGAUGAAAAUAUAGAACAACUGUUUUAAAAAUUAUCUCCAGGAUAAUCUGACGCACUGAGGGAAAAACUGCCAUCGAGCAAUUUUUUUGUUUGGAAUUCGGAAUUAAUAUCUAUUUCCGUCAAACAAGGUGUGUAUUCAAGAUGUUACCACACUGUUGCUUCCUGUUGUUGCUCUGCGUGGCCCGGCUGCUCUCCCCUUCCUCGGCCUUACCCUUCGAGCAGAGAGGCUUCUGGGAUUUUGCCAUGGACAGUAUGGACAGCGAUAAGAUGAUGACGAUGAUGAGGGACGAGGAAGAAGGCUCGGCCGUGGAGGAGAUCUUACCCCCUGACGUACACAUGUGCCCCUUCGGCUGCCACUGUCAGCUCCGGGUCGUCCAGUGCUCCGACCUCGGUCUGACUGAGGUGCCGAAGAAUAUUCCUCUGGACACCAAGUUCCUGGACCUGCAGAACAACCGUAUCACCGAGCUGAAAGAGAAUGACUUCAAAGGCCUCACUAACCUAUAUGGUCUGUCUCUUAGGAAUAACCAUAUUUCUAAAGUCCACCCCAGAACAUUUGCGCCUCUGAAGCACUUGCAAAAGCUUUACUUCUCUAAAAACCAGCUCACCACUAUCCCCAAGAACUUGCCUUCCUCUCUGGUCGAGAUGAGGAUCCACGAGAACCGCAUCAAAAAGGUGGCAGCUGGGACGUUCGCAGGACUGGGCAGCAUGAACUGCAUAGAAAUGGGAGCAAACCCCAUCCAGAACAGUGGUUUUGAGCCUGGUGCCUUCAAGGGACUGAAACUGAACUAUCUGCGUAUAUCAGAGGCCAAACUGACAGGAGUGCCAAAAGAUCUCCCAGACAGUCUCCAUGAGCUUCAUCUGGACCACAACCAGAUCCAGGCUGUGGAACUGGAGGACCUGAGCCGUUACAAAAACCUGUACAGGUUGGGCCUUGGCUUUAAUCACAUUCGUAACAUUGAGAACGGCAGCCUGUCCUUCCUCCCCAGGCUGAGAGAGCUGCAUCUGGACAACAAUCGCCUCACACGUGUUCCCAAAGGCCUCCCAGAAAUGAAAUACUUGCAGGUGGUGUAUCUCCACUCCAACAACAUCAACCAGGUGAGUGUGGACGACUUCUGCCCUCGAGGAUUUGGGAUGAAGAGGACUUUCUAUAACGGCAUCAGCCUGUUCGGAAACCCCGUCAACUACUGGGAGGUGCAGCCUGCGACGUUCCGCUGUGUCAACGAUCGGCUGGCCAUUCAGUUCGGCAACUACAAAAAGUAAAGACGGGGGGGAAACUGAGUGAUGAAGAGAGUGGUGGGGCAUGUUGGAGGGGGAGAUAAUUUAAAUAAUUAAUAGAACCGGGGAGAGUUUUUGGAUAUAGCUUGAGUAGGACUGAUGAAAAAGAAAGAGAAGUGAAUUUUACAAUCACAUGACUUGAAGGGAGUGGAAAGCAAAGCGCUUGCAGUACUUUGCCUGAGUUUUCACAUUCUUGAAUUUUUAAAGUCUUGAAAGUUUUGGUAACAGAAAUGGAUCAAACAGACGAGACAGUCUGACAAGAAUGUUUUCCCCAGGCUAUAAUCGACAAAAAAAACGAGUGCUGAAAACUUGUGAAGCAUUUCAUUCCAAAUUUUAUACACACAUAGCGCUUUACUUGAUAGAAAUCCUUUUUUGUUUCAUUAACAUAUUUUAGAUUACAAGUAAGAAGAUAGAAAAAAAAUGCAUUAUAGAUUUUUUUAUAUAUACAUAAAAAGGUGUUCUGUAUGACUUUAUGUGUGUGUUCAUUUGGGAGGUACGUCACAUUGUGCCUGUUUGGCCCUCAAACUGUGAUUAAACUCACUUUUUAAAAAAACUACUCACAGAUUUGGGGCCAGAAUUUACAAACAUAUAAAUGGUAUAAAACAUUGAAUCAAUUAUACAAGUUUUGCAGUUUGGAAACAUUUUGUAUAUACCAUGACAGUUGAGUGAUUAAAAUUGCAAUAUGUACAUUUGUUUAAAUUCCCCUCAUCCGUGCUGAACAUCUCUUUUUUCUUUAUUGAUCUGAGGAAAGUGAACCACCGGCGUGCCUUUGUAAGGAUUCUGUUCUGUGUCUGUACUAAUGCUGCCUGUAUGAUACUCAAUGCAGUAUUCCUUGAGGGGACACUGAGUUAGUGGGGGUUUGCCCCAGUUAGAGAAAACACACAACUGCAUCGCUUUGACACAAUGAAGGCAGUGUGUUUACAUAGUGCUACAUACUAAAGUAGUGUUGUUGCAUUGUUUUGCACAGAUUUUCAGCUAUGCUUUAUCUGCUUCAGGGUUAUUGGAGGGUUAGUCUGUUUACAUUAGUAAAUCUAUGAGGAUCUGUUUUAGCCAUUUCUGUUUUAGUACUCUGUCCUGUCUCUGUUCUCUAAUCGGACCAGCUACUGCUGCAUGUGAAUUAAGACUUUUUCUUAAAGCCUGCUGCAUAAAGCCAGAGAACAAAUAAUGCCCUUAGGUUGGAUGCUGUGUGAGAAAUAAAGAAAUUUCACUUGUAUA